AUGAAAUCUGUAUCCAAUGAUGUCGAACGAGUUGUCAAUGCAAUCCGCGCCAUACAGGAUAUCAAGACUCCACAAACCGAGCGUCAUAAACUUACUCAGGUACGUGUUUUGUCAUGAAAAAUAUGUUAUUUUCGCGUUUAGGCGUUGGAAGCUUUGAAGGAAGGACCCACAGCCGAAUCCAUUCCCAUUGCCUUCGGAUUGGUUACAUACUCGGAUCGAUUGAUUGCUCACGCGGGCUUGAACAUUGUUGAAGAUGUGAUCAAGUAAGCGGGGAAACUUUAUUUUUCCUUUAGUUAAUGUUUGGGUGUUUAGGGGAUAUCAGUGAUUGGCAUACGGUAUUUGAGAUUUUUGAAUUUUUUGUUUUCUUCAGGUGUUUUUGUUGUACUAGCUAAGUGUUUUUGUUUUUUAGAUUCAAAUGGCAUGAGAUGUCCGUCGAUGAGAAGAUGCAAGUUCGGAAUGGCGUUCUUGAAUGGAUCUCGACUGGUGGGUACUUUAUCGUUGAUCUAUUUUCAAAUUUAGGUAAUUACUCGGUCGGGUCCGUUGAUUUGCCAGUCAAGACCGCCGCCUCUCGAGUAUUCGCAACGAUGAUGGAACAUGAAUGGCCAGAGAAUUGGCCGGAACUUGUCGACCAGUUUGUGAGUAUCGUGGAGAAUACCAAGCUGAUCCAACAGUCUCAUAUGAUAUUCUUGAUCCUUCGACGGUUAAUCGAAGAUGUUCUCACUUUGAUUACCAUCCAGAAUUCGAUCAGGAGAAAGGAUCUUCAGAAUGCCAUCAACGCUCAUAUCGGGAAGAUUAUGAAGAUGGCUGUGGGUCGCCUUGUGUUAUGUGUGAAUGAAGGCUCAAAUGAACAAAGUAUUCUCCUUGCUAAGAGCGCCAUCGAACUUUUAUCCGAGAUUUUUGACUGGGUCAGUGGAAAAGACCUGGAACCCUUCAUUGAUGAGAUUGUGGAUGUUCUCUGUUUGUAUCUUCAAUUAGAUCUUUGUGGAAUUUAUGAAUGUGCCGCCUCUUCGCUUCAUAAAUUGGCCUCCAGAAGGCGGCAGAAGAAUGAUGAGCUUCCAAUUGUUGUCUCCAUGUUCAGAGAUCGACCAAUGCAAGCAAUCCUUGCUGCUUGUUCGUUGGCCGCUCGACAAUCCAAUUCCAGCGAAGUUCAUUACAAGUUCCUCAAAGCGUUGUGCGAUCUUCUCUGUUCCCUUGGUGUUCAUUUGAGCGAGGUGUGGCUUCAUAUUACCAAUCCCCCGUCCAACUUUCCCCUGUAUUUGGAUGCUCUUUCGGAGUUCUUUAGACAUCCCAGUGUGGUAAGUAUCAUUUAGCAAGGCCAAAACUAUUAUUAACGUUACAGUACAUCCGAGCGGAGAUUGCCCAAGUGAUGUGCGCAUUUUCGAGUAACGAUUCGAUCAGAAGAACGGCCAUCGUGUUGGAAAGAAUGCCAAGUUUCUUGGUGCUAAUCCCCAAGAGUCUGGAGAAGGUUGGAAACAUCAACGAUUCCUCAAGUCCAACUAACUUUUACUCUCUCAUGGAUUACGAGACCGAAGCCGAUUUUAUUCAAGAACAUACUCGUAGGUGAAGUCAAUUAUUUUGAAGAUUCUUUCUUUAGGGUUACGAGAUCGAUGCUUCCGAAUGAUGAAGGAGAACAUGGACACUCAUUUCCCCGUUCUGUCAUCAUUGGUUACCGAUUGGGUGAAUGGAAGAUGCAUCAACGAAACGGAAAACGUUACCGCAACUGAAUGGGAUAGUAUGAAAAAGUAUAUUACCAACUAUCUCCUCAAUGUACAACAACUCGAGUUGAUGAAAUCGGUAAGGCCUUUUUUAUUUUCUUGUUUCGUGGUUUAAGGCGUGUACAGUAUAAUUAUUUGUCGACUAAUGGAAACUCGUUUUAGGAUGUGGACCAGUGGCUGUUUGUGCUGUUCAACAACGUUUACAACCGUCUUCUCACCCUGUCCAAUCCCGCUGUGACCAGUGAAUUACUUUCCAUUUUCUCCGCCUUCUUUGUUGUUCUCGAGAAUCAUCCGGAAAAGAUCCCGGAUGUGAUUUCAUUCCUUCAGCAAUGUCUCAAGCUGCCAGAUCCGACAUCAAAUCGAGGAACAGUAGAUGCUUCGGCAAUUUUAACCCUGAAAAGGCAUUCUAUCAACUUGUUGUUGAAGUUGGUUAAGAGCUUGUCGAGCGUGAUCACUGUAGGUUUAUUCUUGAAAAUGAUUGAAGAAAAGGAACCUUGUCUUGACUUAUUUAAUUAUUGUUUUAUUCUAGCCGUAUGCGAGACAAGUGCUCGAUGCAGUUGUAGAUGUAGUCCCUUAUGUAUCGGCUCUUCAAAAGGCCAAUCUGGUCCAAGUUCUUGCGGCUCUCAGUAAUUUGGCCACGAAUCCGGAGGAACAACAAUAUUUCCUGGAGAAUGCCCUCAGGGAUAAUAUAGUUUACUUCCAAAGUCAAGAAUUCCUCCUUUGCUCAAAGUCAGUUCGGGAUUUCUUCAACUACGUGGGGAUUCUGAGUCCGGUCCCAACUCGCGACAAUGACCCAGGACAGGCGCAGUUCAGCGAGAAUCGACUCAAGGUUGGAUUUAAUGAAGUUUCAGUCAUUUAUAUUGCUUUUUCAGCUCAAAUCGAACCUGUCCGCCAUUGAGGGAGCCCUUUCACAUGUGAAUGUCCCGGAAGAUCGUUCCAAUCCGCUCUUUCAGCUCCUCUUACCCGUCGUUAGGAAUAUAUUUAGAUUUGUUGGGUAAGUUUUGGAAUUUUACUAUGUUGUGCGCUGCCUUAAACGAUAUUUUUCAAUGUGAUUGAAUACUCAUUUUCAGUUGUUUGAACUCAAUUUAUUCCAACGAAGGGAUCUCCCUGUGCCAAGGAACCUAUGGGUCCCAGAUAUUGAAGAUGUCGAUGAUUGAGAAGCAGCUCAUGAUUUGUUAGUUUUAAAAACCAAAUUAUGAUUCUUUUGAAGUAAUAUGACUAAUGGAUCUGAUUUCAGAUUCGGCCAGCGAAAGCUACGACGACCCGACCUCGAUCUCCCCCGAGCCGGUCACUCAAAUGCGACGAUUCUUAUUCGAUAUCGGCGACUUUGUUCAGAAUAUCAUCGGGCUGACGGGAAAUAAGAUGAGUCGGGAUUUCUAUUCCCUUUCGGAUGCUUCAUCCCUGAUUCAAUCGGUGUUCAUCAACGCCGAAUGUGUCCCCGACUAUCGACUAAGGUACUGGGUUAAGCGGGCAUGGUCUCAUAUCAUCUGUCAUUGUCCGGCUGAAAGGGUGGGAGUGGUCACGCAGAUCGCUUGUGCUGUCUUCCAACAUAUACAGGGGUUGUUGACGGAUAGAUGGGCAAUUGUGACGACGUUAGAUCAGGGUGAGUAAAUUUAGAAUCGUGGUUUAGAAUAAUAAUUAUUUUAUUGUUUUAGAUGGUGAUGUAACCGAAGAAGAGCUACUCCAGCAACAAAUGGUCGCAGUUCUGUCGAGGGAGUUUGCUGAGAUGCUGAGAUUAUUUGUUUUUGGUCCAGGUCUCAUGGUCAAAGAGGACAGUAAGAAACAUCCAUCUGAACUCAUGACUCCUUCUUGUUUGGCCGCCCUUAAAAAUGCGGUAAGUGGGUUUAGAGAUAAUUGGAUUCGUACCUUGAGUAAUGGGAUUAGUUAUUAAUGUUGUUUUAUUUCCAGACCUUGCUUGAGAGCACCGUCCUUUCCAUAUGCUCCUUGAUCAAUUGCCCCGACUCCAAGACGGUGAUGAGGCUCAUGCCCGUGGCCAGGACAGUCUUUGGAACGGUAAGCUACUGGAAAUUGCAAAUUGAAAAGUUUUCUGUCAUGUUUAUCGGCUUAUAUUAUAUUACUAUCGGUGUUUUAGUUCCACUCAGCCUUUGAUGAUCAAAUGGCUAAGGCUGUCCUUGUCCACAUAAUCAGAAGUCUCCAAGUAAAUGGAUCCGAUGAAGAGGUGUGUGGUCCUCUGCUUGGCCUCAGCUUUAGUGUCUAUGCCUGGCUGAGACCAAACCAUCCGACGCUGUGGGAGAUCUUGACGGAAGUCCCGGAAAGUUCGGCCGAGAAGGUCCAAGAAUUCGAUUCGAAAAUAAUGGCCUAUUCGAUGAAUAAUGAGAAUGUAAUGGAGAAGAACAAGCGGGACCUAAUGCGUAAAAUGCUCAAACCGGUGAUUGCAGUAAGUCGCAACAUAUUUUUGAAGGUUUAAUAUCACUGUCGGGAGCACUACGCCGAACGCGUCGCUGAAGUGAAAAGAAAUUUUAUUUCACGGCGGCGAUGAUAAUUUCGAUGCGACUUAUUUUCCCCACAUACUGGUACUUGUUACAUCUGAAUUAAUGCUUUCAGUUGAAAGUGGGCGAACAAUUCCGUCGGACAGUCCCCCUGCGCCCCAUCCGGCGGAUGAACGGCGGCCCCAAUAACCUGAACUCGGCCGCCAUGGUCUAA